AAGUCAUUUGUAUUUAAUGUCAACAUGGCUGAUGCUGCAGCUGCUCGUCGAGAGGCUCGUAGAAGGAGAAUAUUAGAAAAUUCCCACAAUAGACUACAGCUGAUAUCUGGAAAAUGUGGCGACGAGUAUCCCAAAGAGUCUCCGGUCAGAACUAUUCCUGACCAAAAUUAUGAGAGUCCAACUAUAUCGGAAAACAACAGCUGCAGCAAGACUUCACUCCACAAUGGCGUGAUAAAUUCAGAGCCAGAUAUAUUGGAUUUGAUAUCAACGAAUCUGAACCGUGACAUCGCGGCAGGCGAUGGGGAGGUACCUGGUGAUUUGGCACCUUUCGCAGCACCUGCAGUGGAGCCAGGGCCAACGCCACCCUUCUGGGAGAAACUCACAAAUAACAAAUACGACAUAGUCCUGUUAUCGCUUAUAAUUCAAUUACUGUAUGGUCUGUCAUUGGUAACAUUUGAUGGUACUUACUUUUUCCUGCCAGUACUAAUUUAUAUCGUAACUAAACUGAUAUGGUUUCCAUCUCAGAGUAGUUCAUCGUUCUCCAGUGCCCUUCAGCUCUUACAGGUGAUGUCAACUCACAGGGUGCAGAAAGUAUUACAUGUAAUGCAGUACUUAAUGGUCAUUUCAUGUGACAUUUGUAUAUUUCUAUUUACCACAAUUUGCAUACAAUCAUUAUGGAUCACCUUGAAAAGUGAUUCUAAUACAUAGUAAUGACUUCAUUUGCACCUAAGUUGAGGGCAUAACAUUGACUGAGCAAUAUCUAUCAAUAGCUGGCUAGAAAAAUUUGGGGUAUGUUGAAGUUAAACUGUUAAGUUUUUAAAUCAUCUGUUAUAUUCAGCCAAGUUGAAUUUUCAAAUGCUCCACCAUGUUCCAUAGUUAUGAUUGCUUGUGCCUUUAUCAUAAGUGAGAAGUUGUGACAAGUGUGCGUUUUAGUCACAUAUUGCCAUUUUUAGUUUUAAAUUAGACUCAAUUUUGUAUAUAGCAUGAGAUAAAGAAAAUUGUUAUGUUCAUGAUAAUAUUUAUCUUAGCUCAAUCAUUUCAGCAUGUGCAACAAGAUAUUUCUCUUUCUGCAUUUAUUUGUAUUUAUUCCAUUAAGGUUUUAGGGAAUCACAAAUGCAAGGACUAUCCAAUAGCAUGCCAAAUUAGUCAACUAUUUUCAGGCUUAUAUUUAUAUAGGAAAGUAUUUUGAUAUAUCAAUUAAUCCUAAUGAAUUAUAACGGCCUGUAUAACCAAUGCUACGGCCUGGAUUUGUGAGAAUUCUAUGUAAUCUUGAAAUUUACUAUAUCCCAAUAUUGAUCAUUAUAAAAUGAAGUAUACUUACCGCUUAGUAUGGCAGUCUGUGACUUGUAGAAUCUAUUUUUAUAAUUCUUUUUGUUUGUUAAUUAAUAUACCUUUGAUUUGUUUAAUACUUUUAACAUUUUCACUAUUACACUGCCUUACUCUUUAGACUUAAUAGGCAUUAUAUACAAUAAUAACACUUGAAAUGACAAGAUUUUGGACAGCAAGAACCCUAUUUAGUCAAAAUUUUAGCUAUGUUUAUAAUUACUAAACUUUGUCCCAACUUUACUAUUAGCCUUUGUAUUUACUAAGAUUUGUUAUUGUUUUAUGGUAAUGGAAAAGGUAUUUCAAAUACAGUUUGGAAUUAAGCUGGUAUGGUAACACCAAAGAUUAAAUUAAUUUCCAUUGCUAUAGUAUAAGAAAAGCUGACCAUACACAAACCAAUUUGAGCUUUUGUAAUGAGCAAAUUUGAUCAGGCCACAAACGUUGACACUUGUCUUGUGUCAGAUAAGCUGAAAUGAUACAGAUGAAUACCUCAACCUUGCGCCCGAUCACCUCUACUAUGGAUUUCAAUGACAAUCGCAGCAGUCAGUGUAUGACUGGCCUAAAUAUUGCACCCCCUUUUAAUUCCGAAAAAUUUGCAGCUAGACAGAAACUCAUUUAAAAUCAGUUUCAUGACCUUUUGCCAUGCUUGUUGACUAAUAGUUUAAUUAUUGUCUUCCUUCUGAAACACGCGUUACUUUAAAAUUGUGAUACUUGAGCAUGUUAAAAAUAUUAGUAAAUUUUGUUGACUACAUCAAUGUUAUCAACUUAUGCUAAUGUUCUGCAUAAGAAACAUGUGAAUAGUUUAGUGUAUCAGCUUAAUCCAUAUUGUAAAUAAAGGUCAAACAACUAUAAAUAAAAGAAAUAUAAAUUUAUUUUAAUUAUAUUUUGUAACAUCUUUGAAAUAAAAAAUGGUUAUGAACA